CUACAAAACUGCUCGCACAUACGCCCACGCCCGCGGCAUUAUAAGUGGGUGGGUUAGGACUUACAGGUUCAGGGGGCACUGCCCCCCUCCGUGCCCACCAUGCCUCGCCCUACCAGAGAAAGUUACGGGGACCAGAAGCCGCCGUACUCGUACAUAUCCCUGACCGCCAUGGCCAUCUGGGGCAGCCCGGAAAAGAUGUGUACACUGGCGGAGAUCUACAAGUUUAUUAUGGACAACUUCCCCUACUACCGCAAGAACACUCAGCGGUGGCAGAACUCGCUGCGACACAACCUCUCCUUCAACGACUGCUUCAUCAAGAUCCCCCGUCGCCCCGACAGGCCCGGCAAGGGCGCCUACUGGACCUUGCACCCGUCCGCCAUGAACAUGUUCGAGAACGGCAGCUUCCUCCGCCGCAGGAAGCGCUUCAAGAUCCCCAGGGACGAGAAGGACGCCAUCGAGGCCGGCCUGGCGCAGCUCAGCACUCCACCACGCUCCGUGGAAGAGCAGGUGAGACUUCCCCAGCGGGUGCCGCCGCCACCUCCACCGCCACCGCCGCUCAAGCCCCCGAGUGAGGUGAUUGUGCCUACCUGCCACGGGGAGAUCCCGCCGCAUCUACACCUCCUCCCGCCACCUUGCCUCGCCCGCCUCCCGCCCCCGUUGCUAUACCCGCCGCCUCUCAUCUACCCUGGCACUUGGGGGGCGGCCCCUUUCCUACACUCCCUCACCUACCUGCCGCCGCCACUACCGCCCGCGCUGCCGCCUGUGCUGCCCCGACCCAUCAAGCCUACCCCCGUGCUGGCCCGCCCGCCGCCGCCGCCGCCACUAAAUUUAGGCAUCACAGGCGUCACAUAAGGCCCGGGGCACGCGCUGCCCGCCUCGAAGGGCAGCAGCCGACGCCCAGGGCUUACACCAUGGUCCAGGGUGCCCUAGCCCAGCCCUAGGGUACACGCUGGACGCUGGCAGUCCUCAGUGUAACGUAAACAAGACGGAGGGAGAACUCAGUGUUUAUAACCACAAGUCAACAUGUUGUGCAACACUGCAGGACGCUGCAGGUGAUACAGUGAACAUGAUCGCUGGUGGUCAGUAGUGUACAGCGUGCUGCAGCUGUCGUGUUGGUCGCCGCCUGCAGCGCCGCCUUCAGUGUCUCCCACCCCCUCCUCCCCCAGCCCUCCUCACAUCUCACCCACACACGAGGAACUCAGAAAAUCGUGAGGCGUGUGAGUGUGCGUGUGCGUGCAAUCACUGACGUCAUGAUACAUUACUAAACUAAGGUUGGGGUCGAGAAGAACUUACUCUGGUAUAUUGUAAAUAUGCAAUAAGUUGAUUGUUUCAGUCUCCGGUUAUUUCUGGGGCAUGUGAAGCGAGUUGCAUCUGUCCUCUAAUAAACACUUACUGUUAAAGGAGAGUGACAAGUCUCUCACUGACGCCUCGAGAAACGACUUAAAGCUAUGCCUUUGUUCCUAAUGUCUGACUGGUCAUUAUGAUGCAAGCUGGACCACCACACCUUAUCCAGUCAGCCUCAGUGAGAAACUGUAGGAGCCCAAGACAGUCCUGCUUGACGUGACGGUUGAGAACUUUCCUGUGAGUGGCUGUGUGGUGUUCCUUGACUGUGGUGUUCCCUGACUGUGGUGUUCCCUGACUGUGGAGUUCUCAGCCCUGGCUACCUACUUCCAUGAAUAAGAAAUACCAUGUCACGAAAGAGAAUAUUUUAGAUGUAAAUGUUACCUUCGACAGUGUCAGUGACAUUUAUGGACAAUUUCCCGCCGUUUGACUGUCAUAUAAAAUGUAUCGGUGUCAUGAGACGGUCUCAGUGAAUACCCACGAUAGUGAGAUUAAACGACACAAAAAAAUCCCUACAUUUGGAAGCUCACACACACGGGGUUGAGUAAAUUGACUGGGUGGAUGAGAAUGUCUUACAGCUUAAGUUGUAAUGAUGAGUUCCUUGCUCAAGUGUGCUCCUGGCUCAGUGUACAAACCUACCAACCAUCUCUCUCUAAGUCACUUGUGUCUCUGUGGUGAUAAUUAUUGGCCUUUGAUAUAACGCAAGAUGGCUGGAAGCAACAACACACACACACACACACACAGAUAGACAGACUGUGUGUAUGUGUAAAGACGAUGUUAUCUGAGUGUGUAUAUGAAGAAAAUGUGUAUAUAUACGUAUGUAUGUAUGUAUGUAUGUGUAAAUACGGACGUUCACACCUCAAUACGGACUCUGACAACCCACCACGGACAAACACAAGCAACCACGAACACGGACCUACCUCAAACACACACACACAACUCCCCACAUACGCUGUCAACCAACCACGGACUCAUCUGAGAGGUAAAAAACUUGUAGGUAACAUUUGGUAACAAGUGAACCAUUAAAGACUGUCAGAGAAAUUGUUGUGGUAUUAUGCUAAUGUACACUCGAGCUGACCAUAAUUAAAUGAUAACAAGUGUAGGUGAUACAUGAUACAUACUGCACCUCUGUAUGUGUCAUCGUUACCUAUAUAUUACUGCCGGUAUUGGAGUGAAAAUCUUAACCGGAAGGGACUUAAGUUAACUCAGGUGUACGAAUGUGUGUUUGGUUUGCGAUUUUUUUUUCGCCAAAAUUUUGA